AUGACUUUGCUAAACGAAUAUGAAGACUUUGGAGCGAAUGAAGCAUGUCAACAGUCUCCCACUACGCCUACACUGGCUCCCAAUCCGUUAGAAUACGCCACGCAGUCGGCUUCAACUCACAAUCCUAGAGGAACAACUGCAAUAAACAGCAGCGUACGUCGGUCAAUUGUUCCUGCUGCGACAACACCUGCCAGUGAUGAUUAUGACGAUGAACCUCUUAAUACGGCAUUUCCACUUCUCAUAGCAGAUGAUGAUGUUCAUCAGAAAUCCCCUCCGGAACCUAUACGAUUUGAUGAGGGACCUGAAAAAUCUAAUCCUCAUCAGGCUACCAUUGAUGACAUCGCCAUGAGGCGAUUCAACAACGCAGCAGGAGCUACAUUUCUUCAUUCGGCCGCUCCAGAAGUUCGACGUAAAUUCGAAAGAGUUUGGAACGAUGAUGAUAUUCCUAGUGAAUCACUCAGAAACCUCAAGAUACAUACAUUGGCUGUAUCACUACUUACUGCUAAGCAGUUGGAGGAGUACAAUCGCUGGGCAACAAAACGACGUUACGUGCUGAAAGCUAGGGAACGUGAACUCAGUCAUUUGAGUGCUGCUGCAAAACGAGCACUACGACGAAUCAGCAAUCGAUGUACGAGUUGA